AUGGCCUUCAAGUCUAUGCUCCCCUUCGUCACUGUCGCCGCCGCUCUCCAGGUGGCCAACGCCGCGCUGACACGCCGCGUUGCCUGCCCCGACGGCGUGAACACCGCGACCAACGCGGCAUGCUGCAACCUGUUCGCCGUCCGCGACAUCCUCCAGGACCAGCUCUUCGACGGCCGGGAGUGCGGUGAGGAGGUCCACGAGUCUCUUCGUCUGACCUUCCACGACGCCAUUGGCUUCUCGCGUUCCGCGGUCAAGGCCGGCAAGUUCGGUGGUGGUGGAGCUGAUGGUUCCAUCGCCAUCUUCGAGGACAUCGAGACCAACUUCCACGCGAACGGUGGUGUCGACGAGAUCAUCGACACUCAGCGCCCCUUCGUCCAGAUGAGCAACAUGACCACCGCCGACUUCAUCCAGUUCGCCGGUGCCAUCGGUGUGUCGAACUGCCCCGGUGCCCCUCAGCUCGACGUCUUCAUCGGCCGCAAGGAUGCCACCCAGCCCGCUCCGGACCUGACCGUCCCCGAGCCGUUCGACACCGUCGACUCCAUCCUUGCUCGCAUGCUCGACGGUGGUGACUUCUCCCCCGCCGAAGUUGUCGCUCUCCUCGCCUCGCACACCGUCGCGGCCGCCGACCACGUCGACCCCACCAUCCCGGGCACGCCCUUCGACUCCACCCCCUCGCUCUUCGACACCCAGUUCUUCAUCGAGACCCAGCUCCGCGGCACGCUCUUCCCCGGCAGUGACGGCGACAACCAGGGCGAGGUUAUGUCCCCCCUCGCCGGCGAGAUCCGUCUCCAAUCCGACCACACCCUCGCUCGUGACUCCCGCACGAACUGCGCGUGGCAGUCGUUCGCUAACAACCAGGCUAUGAUGCAGUCCGCGUUCAAGGCUGCCUUCCGCAAGAUGACGGUCAUCGGCCACAACGAGCGCGACCUGAUCGACUGCUCCGAGGUCGUUCAGACGCCCCCGGCUCUCAAGGCCAACCCGCACUUCCCCGCUGGCCUGACCCACGCCGACGUCGAGCAGGCGUGUGCCACCGCGUUCUUCCCCACGCUCCCCACGGACCCUGGCCCGGCUACUUCUGUCGCCCCCGUCCCGCCCUCCUAA